AUGGCGUGGAGCUGCUGUUCUCGUGUGGGGUCAGCGGAGUUGUGGGGGAGCCGAAGCCGAGGGCGCAGUUUUACUUUGUAUCCAUAUGCACAGAAAAAUGGGUUCAGAAGACCAGCACAGAAGGUUCCUCAUAGGUCAAACUUGGAAGCUGGCGCUAAACCACAGAAAAGGGUUUUGUCUCCUGCAGUUCAGGACCCAGCCUUUCACAAAUCUUCUCGUUCAGCGAAGCUUGUGAAGCCAUUCAUCUUCACAGUCGGGUUUUCAGGCUGUGCUUUUGGAUCAGCUGCUAUUUGGCAAUAUGAACUCAAAGCUAGGGUCCCAGAACUUUUUGAAGAUGCUCGAGCAGACUGGAUGGACGAUGCGCCCACAGAAAGGGUGAACUUCAGAAGGCAGAUUAACCUCUGGUGGAACAGUCUGAGCAGCGGGCAACAGGCUGUGUCAGGCAUUAUAGCUGCAAAUGUCUUUGUAUUCUGUUUAUGGCGGAUACCUUCUUUGCAUCGGAUAAUGAUCACAUACUUCACAUCUAAUCCAUCUUCUCGUGUUUUAUGUUCUCCCAUGUUGCUGUCAACAUUUAGUCAUUUCUCAUUUCUGCACAUGGCAGCCAACAUGUAUGUUUUGUGGAGCUUUUCAACCAGCAUAGUUUCUCUUCUGGGACGUGAGCAGUUCAUGGCACUAUACUUCUCUGCUGGGGUUUUUUCCACAUUUGCUAGCUAUGUCUGCAAAAUGGCCACCGGAAGGUUUGGACCGUCACUUGGAGCUUCAGGUGCUAUAAUGACAAUUCUUGCAGCAGUAUGUACGAAGAUGCCAGAAGCCAAGCUAGCUAUAAUAUUUCUUCCAAUGUUCACAUUUACAGCUGGAAAUGCUUUAAAAGCUAUAAUUGCACUGGACAGUGCAGGGCUUGUGUUAGGAUGGAAGUUUUUUGAUCAUGCAGCACACCUUGGGGGCGCUCUCUUUGGCAUGUGGUAUGUAACAUACGGGAAUAAGCUUAUAUGGAAUAACAGAGAGCCGGUGGUGAAGGCUUGGCAUACAAUGAGGACUGGGAGCCCAAAGAAAUGAAGUGGGACUCAUGGAUGCUGCAUUUUAGAAGAUACUUGUACAGUAAUGCGUGCUACUUUGAAGACAUGAAAGUGGAUUGGUCAUUUUAUAACUGGACAGGAAAUACUGGGAUUUUUAGUUCCUAAUGUCAUAACCCACACUUGAAUAUAAAUGCAUUUGGUAAAAAGUAUGAUAGAAUGGAGACAAUAAAAAUUUGUAUCUUGUUGCUUUA